UAAGGUGUUGGAGUGGAUCUCUUGUUCAAUAUAUAAUGGAAUGGCGUCCGUUUGAUAUGACAGUGAUCUCUGCGGACGCCAUUAAAAAUGUAAAUCUUUAUUACCCUAUGGAUGUGUACGUAGAAGUUUCCAUCUUUGGUUAUGCCAAAAACAAGAAAAAGACAUUUGUGGACAAAAAAGGUGGAACUAACCCAAAAUGGAAUUACCCCAUGAAAUUUACCUUGGAUGAGCCUUCCCUUACUAAACCUGAUCUUUCCCUCUUCUUUCGCCUUAGAUCAAAUCGAUUUUUUGGUGAUAAGGAUGUUGGCAUUGUAACCAUUCCAAUCCAAGAACUAUUUACGCAUUCCAAUUCUAACGAUGAUGGCUCUUCUGAGAGAGUUGUGGAAUAUCAAGUUUUCACAGCUGGGACAAGGAAACCUAAGGGUACAUUAAAGUUUGCAUACAAAUUUGGAAAGAAAUUUGCGCAUACACAACAACAUAUAAAUGGCUAUCCUGCCUUGCCGCCUGUCACGGGAUAUCCACCAACUCAUAUGCCACCUGUUUGGUGUGGUACGUCAUCCACCGCGUAUCAAUAUUCCCCUCCUGCUGCAGGCGGAUACAAUCGUGAUCAAUAUCAGCAACAACCUCCUCCGGGAUAUGGAUAUGGAUAUGAAUACAGAUAUAAUCCCCCGAUACAGCAGCAGCACCAAAACCAACACCAGCAGCACCACCAGCAACAACAAGUACAACAACUAAAGGGUAAUAAUAAGGUUGGAGUUAUGGGAGUAGGGUUGGGUUUGGGUGCAGGGAUAGUGGGUGGUGCUUUAGUUGGACAUGCCAUUUCACAUUAAUUAAUCAACUGUCUA